AUGUCCCCAAAUCUCCUAUUAUUGAACUUGGGUAUGGCUAUUAGCUUCGCAACAAUUGCACUUCCUGAUCUGUUGCAUGCCAAGGAAGGUCUAUCACUUGAUGACACUCAGGCCUCAUGGUUCGGCAGUAUUUCGUUCCUGGCAGAGCCUCUUGGAGCUUUGAUUUCCGGGCCUUUAGUGGACUAUGUGGGGCGAAAAAAAGGAACUUUUCUAGUCAAUAUACCACAUUUAAUAGCAUGGACGCUCAUGUAUUUUGCAUGGGACCUACCAUCACUAUUCGUAGCCAAUGGAUUGCUAGGAUUUGGUUCCGGCGUUAUGGAAGCGCCAAUAAAUUCAUAUGUCGGUGAAAUAAGUGAGCCAGCUGUUCGAGGUGCUCUGUGCACUUUGACUCUGCUCUUCAUUUCUCUCGGUAUAUUCGUGAUGUAUUUACUUGGCACCCUGGUAACUUGGCGUUACGCGGCUCUCAUCAGUCUGUCAUUACCUUUCGCGUCUAUGCUCCUAGUUCUAUUGGUUCCAGAAACGCCUGUUUGGCUUCUAGUCAAUGGAAAAGAGAAGGAAGCCCUCAAAUCUCUCUGCUACCUCCGUGGUUGGACUAAACCAGAAAAUGUGAGAGAAGAAUUUGAUCAGCUCGCUGACUAUUCACAGAAUCUGAGAAAUUGUGUCAUAUGUACGAAUAACGACCAGGACAUAAAGACCUGUGACCACGCCUCUAUGAAUUGGUUUAAAAGGACUCUUCUGAAAUUCAGAUACGUAUUUUUUUGUAAAGAGACACUACGACCUUUACAAUUCACUAUGCUUUACUUUCUAUUCUACGUGAUGAGUGGACUGACACCUAUCAAACCCAACAUGGUUAAUAUAUGUGGAGCGUUUGGAAUGCCUCAGAAUGGCAAACAAAUUGUGAUGAUGGUUGGUAUUAUUACCUGCCUUAGUAGUGCAUUCGCAAUAAUAGCAAUAAAGAUAUUAGGAAAACGAAAACUGGCCAUAUCUGCGCUCUUCAUGUCAUCCGUCUGUUGCGUGGGUCUUAGUAUUUAUGCAAAGAUUCACCUUGGAAAAGAAGUCUUCUCAUAUGACGUCACUACCUUCCCUAAAGAGACAAGUUAUACACCCCUGGUUCUAUUCUAUUUGUUGACCUGGUUCACGGCCUGUGGGAUACCCUGGGUGCUGCUUGGAGAAAUCUUUCCAUUUAGGAGUCGAGCUUCUGCCCAAGGUAUAGCCGCAGCCAGUUACUACCUAUUUACUUUCCUUGGAUCAAAAACUCUGAUCGAUCUCGAAACAUAUGCGAGACUGUGGGGUGCCUUUGCAACGUAUGCAGCCUUCGGCUUUCUCGGCACAAUUUACUUGUACUUUUUCCUUCCAGAGACCGAGGGAAAAUCUUUAGCGGAAAUAGAAUCGUUUUACAAUGGAAAGCUAAGAAUUUUCCCUGACGAUCCCUUUUUUAACUACUUUAAGCGACAAAAGAAAAAAUGA